GCACAGCAGUGAGUUGCUCCUUUCGCUGGGGAGCGGCAGGAAGGAAAGCGUUAAAUGCCGAGGGUAAACAUCACCCUCUUUGUUACCGAGUCAGCAGAGCAGAGAGGAUCCCACUGACAAACCCAGCCUGGCAGCCUCUCCCCAGCCAGACUGGUUAUUGCUCCGGAGGCUCUUACUCAUUUGAAUUUAGGAGGAGCUGCCUCCCUCCCUCCCUCCCAUGAGUGUCCCGAUUAAAAAGCUUUUCUCAGACACCUGCAGACCGGCUGGCAGGUACGGGUGCUCCCUUAGCUCGGCUGGGUCGGUAGCAGAGACAGCUCUCCUCGCCCCGCCAGCCUCCUGCAGCCCUGCACGAUGGUGAAGUACGGCCUCGACUACACGCGGUGCAGAUGGAUCCUACCCCUGCUCCUGGGCAUCGGCGUCAUCUUCGGCAUCAUCGCACUGGCGGGCAGGGGCUGGCUGGAGUCGCAGACCUUGCCCUACGUGCACCAAGCGUCGCUAUGGGAGAGCUGCAGGAAGCCCUUUGAGGGUGGGGAAUGGAGGUGCGAGUCCCUCAUGGGUUACGCUUGGGGAAGAGCUGCAGCCGCCACAUACCUUGUUGGAUUUAUACUCCUCGUCAUCUGUUUUGCUCUGGCCAUCAUAGCAUUUGCCAUUGAUACGCUUCGGUUCAACUUCAUAAGAGGGAUUGGAGGCUUGCUUUUUGUGGCUGCUGUGUUCUCCAUCAUGGGCUUGGUCAUUUACCCAGUAAAGUUCUCCAGUGAAAUUGAAAUGACAGGAAUCAAUAUGUUCAGCUGGGCUUACGGCUUUGGCUGGACCACUGCCAUUAUGGAAAUAUGCUUGGGAUUCUUCUUCUGCUGCCUUCCUAACUAUGAAGACCAAAUCUUGGGUAAUGUGAAGCCCACAUAUUUUUACUCUUCCCCGUAAACACCAGGAAAAAUGCAUUCAUAUUCCAGAGAUAUCUGACAGGCUAUCUAUGUUUUUCAGAAUAUUGUCAUCAGAUGCUAGUAGGAAAGUCUGGAAACUUUACAAUACAUGUAGAAAAACAGUACUGGCAUUUUACAAUAAAGUUAUCUACUCUUUUGUGGACCUUCAUAUCUGAUGUCGGUUGCUUAGGUUAAGUCUAAAUGUUAAAAAAAACUUGCGUUUCCUCAUUCAUUCUGAUGAGUGGGGGUGCAUAUGGAUUUUAUUAAAUUUUAUGUGCCUUCAUAUUUCUAAUUAAAUUCAGAAAAGAAGUUAUCAGCAGACAAUGACAACAAAAAAUGUAUAUCAUCUUUCUGAAGGGAAGUGGCUUGCAGAAGUCCCACUUCAUGUGUGUUAGUUUUCUUUAACCUGAAGAUUUUGUGCAUUUUCAGAAAGCCAAAUGCCUUUAUCCACUGACUGCCAGAGCAGCAAAUCAGUCAGCCAGGACUUCAUGGCUUUGCUUCCAAUUUUCUACUCAUUCAACUUAAGCCAUAGGGCUACAGUAAGAAAAGGGCAAGAGAACCACCCCUACCAAAGCCAUCACCCAGACUUCCACCCAUCUAUUUGGAGUGUAGGAUUUUAUUACUGAGUAUCAGUAAGAGUAGACAAGGACCAUUAGUAAUCCAAACACCCUUAAAAAUCCUGGGAUGCCAUUGCUGCAGCCAGCACAGAGCAGGCAGAGGGGAUUUCCAGCCAUCCUUGCAACCUACAGACCUGGUUUGAAGAGGCUCCUGGUUUGGCUUUCUCCAUGGGCCUCUGUCCCUUUAAUUGGCUGUAUCAACAUCUAUCUUUAAAAAGCUCUGUUUUACUGUUCCAGUUGUUUUAUACAGCAUAAGAGGGUCAGGAAGGAGUUAAACAAAGGUAUGACUCCCCUCAGCAUUUCGCUCACAGGAGUGGACUUGGAGCAGUGUGGAUCUAGGUAUCAAACUUUGGUCAAAACGCCCUUUUAAAUUAAUUUGCUUGUUUUAAAUAUUCUAAAAUUGGAAAGUACGUCCUGUAAAAUGUGUAAAUACCCCCUACCAUCUCACAGUAAGACUUUCAGUGAGAGAAAUCUUCAUGAAACACUCUUUGGUAUCUUAUGCUCUACAGUGCUUCAGAGCUGGGAAUAUUGCAAGCAAUGAAGUAUACUCAACACUAUUGGUUUCUGCAUUGCAAACCCUGGCUUUAUAAUGUUCUUUUUCUUCUCUUACAUGAAAAAAGGGAUAAUUCUAUUGUGUGUAAAAAGGAGUCCCACUGAAAUCCUUAAACAGAGUUGAUUAUUAUCUUGUAAUAUAUCUGCAAUUUUUAAACAAUCUGUACUCUAUGAAAAGAGCCUUGCCAAGUAUUCUUUACUGCAAAGAACGAGAGGUAGGAACAUUUUUUUAAUAAAACCUCUGAGUAGCUAAAAUUAAUAAAGAAACAGGCCUUAACUUUUUUUUUUUUUUUUUUUUUUUUUUUUUGAAACAGUUAAUCCCUUUCACUUUUAUAGAUUGACUUCUAACUUAGAUCAAUAAACAUGAGAAUUGUAUCAGGCCGAUGUGGAGUGUCUAUGCAACAGGGACUGGCUAGACAAGAACUUGCAAAUGCAUUAAGAAGCUAUUUCCUAGUCGGAAGUAAAUGAAAAUAAAAUAAACACACAU